GUUUCAUUAGACAUCGGUUUUAGUCUGUCAAAAUGCAUUGCCCAGAGAGGUACAUCAAACACAACGGUAUGCAGCAGAAGGAAGCCAAGGAUACCUUGACUGCAUAUAUCGAGAAAAUGGUGUGGACUUCAAACGAAAUAGUUUUGGACAUAGGGUGUGGACCGGGUGACGUGACGUCAGAUAUCCUUUAUCCUUUUUUGAAAAAUAAAAUCAAACAGUUGAUUGGCGUUGACAAAUCCGUAUAAAUGGUAGAAUAUGCUAAAAAAACGUUUGGGAACUCCGAGAUCGAUUUCAAAGCUCUGGAUAUCGAAAACGCCGACGACUGCAACUCUUCUUAUUCCCGCGGAUUCAACAAAAUUUUUUCAUUUUUCUGCUUUCACUGGGUUCAUAAUAAAGCCGAUUCCUUGCUUAAUUUGCACACGAUGUUGGGAAGUGGUGGAGAAAUUUUGAUUAACUUCUUGUUAGUCAAUCCGUUGGUUGAAUUGUACAAAUGUAUGGACGAAGAAUGGCAAAAAUAUGUUAAGGACCUACAGCACAUGGCUCAAGAUUUGUUUUCACAAGAUGAAUUGAGAGAAAUGUUCGUCAAUGCUGGAUUUCGAAUCAUCAGCAUAGAAUCAAGUGUCAAAAAAUAUGCAUAUCCAGACAUCUCAUCAUUUUUGGAUGCCGUCAAAGCUGUAGAUGAAAUAUACAGUAUUUUGCCACAACAUAUGCAUGACAGAUACACCACACACUUUAAAGGUAAAGCAUUUGAGAAGCAAAUGGUUGAAAUAUGUCCAAUCACAGGAAAAGCAGUCUUUAAAUAUCAUCCUAUUAAUGUGCAUGCUAUCAAAGAUUAAAAUUUAAAACAGAAUAAUCAAUAAUAACUUUAUGAUUUAUA